CGAAAGCCAAAGCCACCAAAUCCUGAAUUUAAGCCAUUAAGUCCUGCUUCAUACUUUUCUCAGGCAUUGCAGAUAUUGCUCCCUACCCGAGCCCUCGACGUUCGGGUGUAUUACACUCCUCUGAAGUAUGACAAUGGAGGUGUUAUAGUAUUCCACCACGGUGCAGGAUAUGCGGGUACAAGCUUUGCAUGUCUCGCGAAAGAGAUAAGUGAGGUCAUGAGGGACAAUGUCAGUGUCCUGGCCUUUGAUGCCAGGAGACAU